AUGCAUGAAAUAUAUUAUCCAAAGAAAAACCUAGUCAUUGAUGAAUCAAUGAUGCUUUGGAAGGGUCGUUUAAAAUUCCGACAAUAUGUAAAAGGUAAACGACACAAACACGGGUUGAAAAUUUACAUGUUGGCGGAUCAGUUAGGGAUAGCCUGCCGGAUACACCUAUACGGAGGAUCAGCAGACAAUCUAGUUGGUGGUACAAAUCACGUAAAAAAAGUUGUGCUACACCUCCUUGGUAAUUACAAAAAUAUGGGACACAGCCUGUUUAUAGACAACUUUUAUACAAGUGUCGCUUUGUCUGGACAAUUACAAGCCAUUGAAGUUUAUUCAACUGGAACUCUAAACACUCGCCGUAAAGAUAUACCAGAAGAAAUAAAAACUACAAAACUCAAAACAGGCGAGGCGGCGAUUAUGCACAAAAACGGUUUAUGUAUUAUUGUGUGGAAAGAUAAAAGGGAAAUAAUGGCUCUUUCUAACAAAUAUAAUGCUGAAUAUAUUGAAACAAGGAAUAGAAGGGGCCAAGUUAAAUGUAAACCAAAUAUGAUAGCCCAAUACACAAAGCAUAUGAAGUCUGUAGAUCAUCAUGAUCAGAUGAUGGCUUAUUAUAGUUGUGAACACAAAAGUCUUAUAUGGGCCUCUGGACCUUCGGGCAUUCAUAAAGUGAAUACGCCUAGAAAAAGAAGAGUUAUUAACAGAUUUGCUGCAUCAUUUGAAAUUAAUAAUAAAAAGAAAACAACUACUAUAGAACACCGAAAGGCAAAGGAAUCGGAAAAAAGAGCAAAAAGAGUAUUGGUAAAGAAAAUAAAAGACCAUCCCCUCACGAUGAUAAAUAAGAUACCUAUGAUGAUUUUAAAUUUCUCGGAUAUCGAAAACAGAAGAAACAUGAAAUGUCUUCCACAAGUUGAACUACUAGUGUAUCUGGAACAAUUAGUUCUCAUAGUGAUUCCGACAUAA